AACGGCACCGUUGUCCUCAAGGCAAUGUUGUCCUCUGCGCAGGGCUUUGCUGUGCACCCCAGCUCAAGGCACCCUUACCUCUCUCUCAGUUCCGGAGAUGAGGAUGAUGACCCUUCGUGGGACAGUGCCACCUUCUGCUCCGUGCCGCUGCUGUGCUCCGGGUUCCUAGAAGCUGCUGUGAUUCUUGGGAUCCGCUGGGCAGCGGCUCAGGGAACAAACAGCAGGAAACGCCAAGAGCUGCGCGUCUGCUUCCAAGGUCUCGUGAGAAAUCCCCCCACGCUGUCCCCGCCCGGCAGCGCCCGGACAGCUGCACAGGGGCUGGGAUAGGCCUUGUAGGGUCACAUCCUCGAGGAGUAGCUUUGGGGCCGUGGCUGCUCCGUCCGCAGCCGUGAGCGCCAGGGUUGCAAACAGGAAACCUGCCUGACCACCGAUAGAAAUAGUGUAACCCGGCUGCCCGGAGGGGAAACGGCGCAGGGUGUGAGGGCAGAGAGGAGGAACAGGUUUCUUAAGGUGGAGAGAGCCGGGGGGACACCACGCCGUGGGGCUGGGGGUGCUCUGUCCCCACCGCAGGUGUGCAAAGCUCCAGUGCAGGGCUGCAACCCGGCUCCAGCACAGCUCCAGGUUGGGCUCUGUGCAAGAACCAGGGGUGCAGAUGGGACGAAGAGGUUUUGUGGGUGCAGGGAAAAGGGAACCCAGCCAGCCCUGCACCCCCAGCUGCAACGCGCCUUGUUGGCACGGCAAGCGCCAGGUGCACCCCAUGCACCCAGGUAAUGCUUGCAUGGCUUUACAGCCAUCAGCAGCUGAACGUGCUCAGGGUGAAGGGAAAGAGGGCAAAGAGACGCUCCCACAGUGCCACCCGCAGCCCCCGCCGUUGUUCCGUGACGUGGCCCCGGCGCGCAGCUCGCCGCUUCCUGCCCAUCACCGUGCUGCAAGCAGCACCAGCGCUGCCCACCCCACGGCCCCCUGGUCCCAGUGGAGGUGGCUCCAUGGAUGACGCCCAGCCCCUCUUCAUCACCUUCAAAGGCAUCGCUGAAGACAAGGAACGCAGCAUCCAGCCAGGACAUGGCACGACCCCGCUGCAGCCCCGGAGUGUGGAGCAGUGUGAUGCACGGGGCAGGGGGGGACAGGGAGCAGCUGAGUGCCCCCAGCCCCAGCUGCCCGUCGCUCCCUGCCCCGUGCUGCAGGGCUGCUCGCAGCCCGGGGAGGUUGCAGCAUCCCUGCGGGCACGCACCAAGCUGUGGUUUGAGCAGACGCAAGUGCAUCGGCUGGGAGCCACGGGCAACCUGCCAGCCUGGUUCCACGGCUUCAUCAGUCGCAGGGACACGGAGCAGAUGCUGCAGGAUGAGCCGCUGGGCUGCUUCCUGGUGCGCUUCAGCGAGAGCACAGUGGGUUUUGUGCUGUCCUACAGGGGCAGAGAGCGCUGCCGACACUUUGUGCUGGACCAGCUGCCCAAUGGGCACUACGUGAUCCUAGGUGAGCACAGCGCCCACCCUGAACUGGCCGAGCUGCUGCAGCACUACGCCCGCAUUCCCAUCCCACCCUAUGGUGAGCUGCUGACCGUGCCACGGGGACAGGACAAGGCCUGUGGAGUGAUGUGCACCCCAGAUAGCAGCUCCCCAUCCUGCAAGGCAUCAGCAAACCACCCAGCAUACAGCACCACAGCCAAGCGGGCGCCAGGAGAUGGGCAGGCAGCAGAGAGUAGCCCUGAGCAGGCCCCCAGCAUCCCCCUGCCACUCCCUGCCAAGGUCAGCUCUUCAGUGGCCACCCAGGGACCACGCAGCCCUGCUGGCAGCGAAGGAGCAGAAGCCAACAGCCCCUCCACACAGACACACCAUGAAGCCAUCCCUGUUGAGAUGCUUGAUGCCAAGUACCAGCAGCUCGUGCGCUUCCACACUUACGCAGAGCCCCAUGAGGGCACAGCCCUGCCUGUGGAGCCCAUUCCCUUCUAUGCCAUGGGCUGGGGCUCCAGCCCCAACCCUGAGGCUAACAUCUAUGCAGAGGUGGCCACAGCCCGGCAGGAGCCACCGCCCCGCGGCAGCACACGGGGCCCUGGAUCCAUGCUGGCCCCCACAUUUCCACGCCGACAGCUGUCCCGCAGCCUCUCAAGCCAGGGCUUCCACAGAAGGCAGCUGCCAGCGACUCCCACUGCAGGCACCAUGCAGAGAACACGACCCCGGCCGGCCCCAGAGAUUCCCCCGGUCCCAAUGAACUCAGCACUGGAGUUUGAUGACCCCGUGUACAGCCCGAGGAUGAGCAGCACCAAGCAAGCCGCAGCCCCAGAGAACAUUUACGAGCAGGUUCCUAGAGGCCACCCCUAAGGUAUACAGGUAGGGCCAUGGCAAUGCCCAGCCUCUUGUUGGCACAAGGUCUGCCUGCUCUGCUCUUGCAGGGCAGAGGGAGACCCCUGGACCUUGGAGGCAGUCCCAGGCAUACCAGCAGCAUCCAUCAGCUCUGCAUUGGGAUUCGCACGCCUUUCCUGGCACGGUUGCCUGUUCCCAAGCCCUGUUCAAAGGGGAUGGGGAAGAACAGAUUUAAUUUAUCUUUGCAGAAAGAGAUUGCUAUGAAUAGAAUCAGGGUGGAGGAAAGGGCUAUUAGAGCAGAACCAGAUGGGUUUCGGGCAGGCCUGUUGCCAUCAGUGCAGCAUUUGCUGGCUGCUCAAACAAGCCUGGUCCUGCCAACACAUGCCUUGAGUUCUACCUGCUUGCUCAGCCACCAAGCACAGAGCAGCACCAAACCCCAGAAAAGGACACGAGGAAGAGACUGAGCCAGUGCUGCCCCAUUGCACAACCCCACUUCCUCACUCUGCCCCCAGUGUGCAGUGACAGUGAGUGUGGUUCUCAUCAGUCCUGGUAUGCACAGCGACAACAGAAGGGAAAAGCGUGUGAGAGCAGCCAGAGACCCAAAUUUGGGUGUGUUGGAGCUUCAAAAGGAGGACUGAAAAGAAGAACAGAGGUCUAAGCUUCUAUCUCUAAGAAAAUCACUUCCGUUUUUCACAAGCCUUUGUGUCGUUGCUCAUAAAUGGCUAAAAGCAGAGCAAAAGUCAGCCGUGAUUGCCAUCCUCCUAAGUCCCCUCUAGUGUUAAAAAUGAGCAAUUACAUAUUGAAAAGGCAAAAAGAAACACAAGGAUUUGAAAGCUGCCCUCAGUCCCCAGGAGGGACCGGCAGGAUGAAGCCAGAGGAGCUGAGAGCCACAAAGCUGCAGUGGGGAGAAGCCCUCCAGGUGCUGCUGCCCCACAUUUGGGACACCUGACCCUCACUGCACACACAGCAGAGGGCAAUGAACCCAACAGCAGCUGGGCAGCCCAGCAGAACCCAACCCACCAUCCUCACCUUGCGCCUCACACUGCAAACAGCUGUGGUUCAGUUCAUUUAAAAGUUUAUUCCUUUAUCAAAUCUCCUGUCAGAGGAUUUCACUGUACAUAUAAGAUAUGAAUAAAUUACUCAACAGUAA